AUGAAGACACCGGGUGUGUUGGUGGGGGUGUCUCUGCUGACUAGCGUAGCUCUGCUGGGACUGAUAAACGUGCGGCGGAAAGAAGAGAUGAAGGAGCAGAAACAUGUAUCGUUCGAGACGAUUAAACUGCGUGUGACCAGAGACGUACUGGGAGAGUACCAACACGAGGUGAUCAGAGCCCACAACCUGCUGGACAAGACCAAGGCUCAGGUGGACACUCUGGGGUCAGAACUCACCCCACUGCAGGCUGCAGAGGCCAAGAAGAAGAGUGAACUGGAGGCAUGCCAGGGAGAAAAGAAACAUGUCGCUGAUGAGGUGGGGGCCGUUGAGGCAGAGAACAGUAACUCCAAAACUGAGUUUGAGAAGCAAAAGGCUGUCUGGGUAGCAGAGAUGAUGUCUCUCAAACAGCAGGUGGAGCAGCGCAGCAAAGUGUGUGUCUUUGUGAAGAAGGACUCUGUAGAGGGAAGGAAACUGUGUGGGGAUGAACCGCCUAAACAAGAGGCCACUCCAAAACCAGAUGCCCCCAAACCAGAAGAAUCCAAACCAGAUGCUCCCAAACCAGAAGAACCCAAACCUGAUUCUCCUAAAGAAGCCCCUAAAAAAGAGGCUGCCCCCAAACCAGAUGCUCCCAAACCUGAUUCUCCUAAAGAAGCCCCUAAACAAGAGGCUGCCCCCAAACCAGAAGAACCCAAACCCGAGGCCCCAAAGAUGAGAUGAGCAGAGCUGGGGUGGGUGACGAGAACGGGAAGAGCAACAUGGAAUCAAAGAAAAUACAUAAGGAAGGCAAUUGAAAAAUGGAGACCUUCUGCAGGACAUUUCUCUGUUUCUUUUUAAACUCGUUAGAACUUGUCCUUCAUGCUACUUUAGAGUGUCUAUUAACUACCAUCUAACAUGAGUGGAUAUUGAAUACUUUUUGUUAACCUUGUCCAUUCCUCUCUCUCAGUAUGACCCUCCCUCAGGGGGUGUUUGUGUGUGAUUUGAACAAAUGUGUAUGUGCCACCAGUAUCGACCAAUCGGAAAGUCCAGAGCCUCUCUCUGUCACUCCUCAUCAUCCUCACUCUGUUACCCCGGUGACGGUAUUAUGCAGUGGUGGCGACCAUAGCAUUGACCAAUCAAAAGUCGUGGAUUAAACUAACUGUUAUUUCUGUUAGUCUGAUUCUGAUGUAAUAAAGCUUAACCCUAAAGGAAA